AUGGAUGUUUCGGGUAUUCUGCAGGAGCACAAGGACCGGUUCAGAUCGGUGCAAGUAGACAAGCUGGUGCCGGUCGACUUUGACCUGGGCCACCUUGCCAGCUUUGACAUAAACCUGCUGGAUCCGGGCAAGCUGAAGGCGAGCCAAAAGACACGGGACGCCUACCUGAAAGAAAUCUCCCGCGACGGCGCGCAGCUGAUGAUCAAUGAGCUGUUCAGCCUGCCGACGGUAGUCGACGACGACAGCGUGUACGCGCAGUUGCCGAAGCCGCAGACCACGCUGCCGCGCGAGAAGCCGCUGCCCAAGGAGAAGGCCGAGACGCGGUGGGAGAAGUUUGCCAAGAUCAAGGGCAUCCAGACGCGCAAGCACUCGCGCAUGGUGUUUGACGAGGAGUCGGGCGAGUACAAGCCGCGGUUCGGCUACAAGAGCGCCAAGAACGAGGAGAUGAACCAGUGGGCGAUUCCGGUGCCUGACAACGCAGACCCGUAUGAGGACCAGUACGCCAAGCUGCGCACGGAGAAGAAGGAGCGCGUCGCCAAGAAUGACCGCCGCCGGCAGAGGAACGCCGAGGAGGCAAUGGCCACGGAGCGCGGCAUGAAGCCGCAUGAGAUGCGCAAGUCGCAGCUGCAGCGCGCUUUGGUUAUGUCCAAGGGCUCGACUGCGUCGCUGGGCAAAUUCGACACGAAGCUGACUGGCGAGCCCAAGAUCAAGGGCGUCAAGCGCAAGUUCGACCCACUGGUUGGCAGUGCUGACAAGGAGAAGUCCAAGAACAUGGACAUCCUGAACCGGGUCAACAAGGGCGAGGCCAAGGCCAGCCUGCUCAACGUGCGCAAGGCCCAGCGUGCCCUGGGAACCAACAAGCAGGUCCAGGCCGAGAUGAACACCAAGGGCAAGAAGCAGACGAAGCGUUCACGGAAGUAG